AUGACUUUGUGGGUAAGAAUAGCGGGAGUUAAGGAGUGUAAAGAAAAAAGAGCCCUUUUAGAUUGUGGUUCCCAAAAAUCAUACAUUUUGGAAUCAUUAGCCACAGAGCUAGGAUUACCCGUUGUGUCAAAAGAAAAUGUAGCUCUUACUUUAUUUGGGGGUACUAAAACUGAACCAAAGUUGCAUAACAAAUACAGAGCAAAAUUGUACUCGGUCAGCUCGUAUAGGUAUCCAAAUUUAGAAUUUGAAUUCUUGGAUCAGAAGGUAAUUUGUGAGGAUAUGCCUCGGGUACCAAAGGGUCCGAUAUUGAAAGAAUUAAAGCGAAAUCGGAUUUGGUUGUCGGAUUUAGAUGAAAAUUGUCCUAAAAUAGAAAUGCUCAUAGGUAGUGACAUUUACGGGAAAAUUCUUACCGGGCGAGUUAAGCAAUUGAAAGGAGGUUUAACCGCUAUUUGUAUAAAAUUGUGCUGGGCAGCUUGCGGUGUAUCAGAUGAUUUUCAUAAAGGGAAAAUUGCUUCUGCCUUUUGUACGAAUUUAGCAAUACAGGAUUUCAAGAUUUCCGAUCUUUGGAGCUUAGAAACCAUCGGAAUUUUGGAUGCUAAUCUCAACUUAAAUAACUCUUUAGAGGAAAAAAUAGCACAAUUGCCCUCAAAUCGUCAUAUAGCCGAAAAGAGAUUGUUCAAUGUCACCCAUAGACUUAAAUCUUUAAGAAAAUAUGAGGAAUAUGAUAACAUUUUGAAACAGUGGUUAGAAGAGGGUGUAAUCGAAGCGGUACCAAAUAAUGAAUUGCAUUUUAAAGGGCAUUAUUUACCCCAUCACCCAGUCUUUAAACCUAGUAGUAUUACGACUAAGGUAAGACCCGUUUUUGACGCGUUAUGCAAAGUUAAUAGAUCACCAUCCCUUAAUGAUUGUUUGGUUAAAGGCCCAAAUUUAAUCGAAGAAAUUCCAUCUAUUUUGUUGGGUUUUAGAGGGAAAAGUAUUGGUGUUACGUCCGAUAUUCGGCGUGCAUUUUUGCAGAUUGAGUUGAGGAAAGAAGAUAGGGACUUUUUGAGAUUUUUAUGGUGGGAGAAAGGCAAGUUGAAGGUUCUUCGUCACACAAGAGUCGUGUUUGGGGUACGGCCGAGCCCAUUUUUACUGGGGGCGGUUAUUUCCUUCCAUUUGUCAAAAGUACCGCCUGAUCAAAAUGAUAUUGCACGAAAAUUAGACAGGUUAUUUUACAUUGAUAAUUGCGUGACUUCAGUAGAUAAUGAAAAAGAUCUCGUGGAUUUUGUAAAAUCCUCUACUGAAAUUUUAGCUGAAGCUCGAAUGAACUUGCGAAUGUGGACAUAUGACCCAGUAGAGAAAGAUAUUGAAUUGGCGCCAGAAUAUUCGAGCGCAGAUUAA